UUUCGAAGACUGGUUUAUGAAAUUGGCAUUACCAUAUAUGAAAAACUUCGAUGAAAUGGUACACAAUUUCGUGGCAGAUGAUGCAGUAAUUCUAACCAUAGUAAAUAAAAAUGCCAAUGAUGCAAGAGGUGAUGAGUCCUGGGAAGAGUUACUGAUAAAAUUUGUGCAAGACAGACCAGCCCUUUAUAAUAUAACAAUUCCGGUUGCGGCAAAGAAGAAAAUAAACAUAUAUAAACCCAGUGGCUCAGCAUCACAACCGGCACCCGAACCAGUCUUCCGAUUUUACAAAAUUCUUAGACGAUACAUUGGAUACAAAACCUACCGUCAGUUCUGUUGUUCAGCAGAUGAUUUCUCCUACUCCUUCAAUGUCCAGUGAGCAAGAAAGAAAUGGUUAGGAUUGUCCGGAAGAACAAAUAGACAAGAUAAUAAACCCAACAAAAAGUAAAUAAGC